AUGAAAAGAGGAGAUAAUAAUGGAGAUCCUCGAGACUGGUCAGAAAACUCUGGAAGACGCUUACGACCUAGAAGCCCAUAUGUGUACAACAAAGCUGCCGACAGUUUCGUGUUUGAUGCUGCUCAUCAAGCCUUAGAAGCUCAGUACGAGAAAUCAUCUGUUUCUUGCGACUCUCGUCAUUGUCUUGUGAAAUUUAUACGACCUGUUUCAUUAGCCACUUUGAAAAGUUUGUCUCACACUAGGUUGAAUGGGAUGAAAGUUAACGUUACCUCCAGUACAAACUCAAAGAAAAUUCAACCAAUCUUGUGCAGUCGUACGAGUCACUGUAUAGAUGGAUCCACGUCCAACAGUUCGUUGGCAAAUGACUACAGUAGACUUUCAAAAGUUAGUUUAGUUGGAGAUAAGCGAGAUAUACGGACUACUGAUGCCUGUAGUAGGUGUUCGUUCGAUUUAGUUGGUAAUGAACAAGGUUUUCUACAUAGUGCAAAGUCAUUGAAUUCAAGAUUAUUACACCAGAAGCACCACUUACUUAGUGAUUUUAAUUCCCUGGAUGAAACGGCAACUAAUAUUGAGAACGUGAUUCCUUUCCAACCGUCUGUAUUACACCGCGAAUUGCAUACCUUACGAAAGCCGUAUGUUACAUCAAGUUUCAAAAUCAUUUCAGGUUCAGUCACGUCUGUAGCAAUUGAAAAGACCACUAACAACGACAUUAAUUCAGUAGUCCCUGCACGUACUAACUCUGACUUACUCUCUGUGAAGAAUGCUGGUUAUUUAGUGAGACAUAAAACGGAACAAAUAUUCGAAAACAAGCAAAGGUGUCUUAGUCCCUAUGAAACAAGGCCUAAUAGUAGAAAUUCUAUUAUUUGCGACAGUCUGCAAAAAUCGCAGUCGACUCCCACACCAAAUCUAACGUACAAGAAGAUCAAACAAGAUUUUGAGUUAUUCAAGAGAGAGAUCAGUAGACACUUAAAAAUAAGUGAAACAGUUAGUAACAAUGUUGAGAAAUCUGUGUAUUUUGAAAACAAAGAAGACGGAGGUGUUUUUAAAGUUGUAGGUGAUGGAAAUCUCAACUGCGCAAUACCUAUUUACCAACCCUAUUCUCAUUCAGUCGUUAUAUUGAGGAAUCAUAAUCCACGUACUGGAGAAGAAUAUCGCAGCGAGGAAAAUGAUUUUGAUAAAGCUAAGGAAGGCAGUAAUGUCGACAUUUUUGGAUGCACAGAAUGUUCCCAAAUACCUAUUCAAAGUGAUAAUACUUCUGCUCCACCACAAAAUUGCAUUGGAUCUGGAGCUGAUACUGGUUUCACACAAGCGAUUGAAAAAUCAGGUUGCCAGCAGCAUUCAUUGUCUUGCUCAGAAAGUCAUGUGAAGGUUUAUUCACAAAAACAAGUAGAAAUUGAUAGUGGAAAUGGUACAGAUGAAGACGAUCAUACUUCUAAAGAAAAUACUCUAUUGAUUAAUGCUUCAGUGGGUCAGAAAACAACUGACGGUAUUAGUUAUUCGAACAAUAGUGAUGUAGUUGAAGUAGAUGAAUGCUACUUGUCUGAUGAUGGUCAGAUAGAAGACGACGAGGAAAGCCAAGGAGACAGUGAUAAAAGUUCGGAUAACGGACAUCAAUCAAAUGAGGAAGUUUCAGCGUCUCCAACAAAUAGCAGCUAUAGUGAAACGUUGGGUAAUAAUUCUAGUGAUAUGAUCAGAUGUGAUAGUGAGAAAUAUCAUUCAGACGAAACAGAUCUGGAUGCAAAUGAUAAACCAGAGAUUAUAGAAGUAUAUGUUGACGAAGAUUCAAAUACUGAUUUAUGUAUAUCAUCUAAAUUAUCCAAUCUUAAACUCAGUACUUUCUCUACAAUUACAGAAAAACAUUCUAAAUUGUCUGUCACUUCAUACGAUCCUAGCACAACCAAGAAAGAUAUACUAUCUGCAGGUAGGUCUAUUCCAUCCAUCGAACAGAAGGUGAUCAGUAAAGAUGAUCGAGCCUCAAUUUCAUCACAGUCAUCUAAGUUAUCUAACAAUCAUAAUAUUCCAACAGAAAAUUCUAUCAAAGAUGAGAAAACGUUAAACUUGAUGAACUCUAAAUUAUCUGAUGAAUCAUCAAAAUCUGUUGCUGAUCUAGACGACUCAUCGUCAAUUAAUUUCUGUUCUAAAGAAAUUAAAGUGAAGACGAAAAAGAUUCUUAUAAAUCGAUUCGCUCAGUGUAUUAAGAAAUCUCAUCCAGCUUUAAUUGAUUCACUGUUUCCACACGUUCCACCGGUAUUAAGAUUUGUUGAAGAAGGACAAAAAUUGGAACCAUUACCAUGGGAAUUUCGUCGAUCAUUGAAGUGGAGAGCAAGUUUAUUAACUCCUAUUGUAGUUAAACAAACUUUGCAACGCAGUGGGUUUAGAGCUUCCAAAUUAACCACGGCUGCUGAAGACUUAGAAACAGUUGAAUCAUCUGAUUGGAUAUUUUAUUUUGGUAAACAUAUUCAUCCCCAGGUAUUUCGUACAAUUAAGAUGUAUCAAAAGGUGAAUCAUUUACCUUGUUCAUUUCAACUUGGUCGGAAAGAUCGCCUUUGGCGGAAUAUAGUUCAUAUGCAAGUAAAACACGGAAGAGAUCAUUUCAAUUUCAUGCCACAAACAUACUGUCUACCCGGAGACUUGGAUGAAUUGAAAAAAGUAUGGAAUGAGGAGGGGCAAAAUCAACGAUGGAUUAUGAAACCGCCAGCUUCAGCUCGUGGAAUCGGUGUUCGCUUAGUAACUAAAUGGUCACAAAUACCAAAGAAACGUCCAGCCCUAAUCCAAAGAUACCUUUCUCGUCCAUUUCUAAUUAAUGACAGUAAAUUUGAUUUACGCAUCUAUGUGUACAUUUCAUCCAUCAAUCCUUUGAGAUUAUAUAUUCAUGAAGAUGGAUUAGUUAGAUUUGCUUCACAAAAGUAUUCUAAUUCAGUUCGUUCUUUGGGGAAUCGAUUCAUUCACUUAACAAAUUAUUCAAUUAAUCGCUUAAAUUCAGAAUAUAUCAGUAAUACAAAUGAAUUUGCUGCUAAAGGUCAUAAAUGGAGUCUACGAGCUUUAUGGAUGUAUUUAAAAUCACAAGGUAUAUCACCUGCGCCUAUUUGGUCAAGUAUUAAAGAUGUUGUUGUGAAGACUGUAAUCAGUACAGAGGCUGCAUUCAACACAGCACUGAAGGUUUAUUGUAAUCAUUCAUUAUCUGUACAUGAAAUAUUUGGUUUCGAUAUUUUUUUGGAUGAAGAUUUACAACCUUGGUUACUUGAAGUGAACGUUUCACCGAGUAUGCAUUCAGAUUCACCAUUGGAUGCCAAAAUUAAAGGUGUCGUCAUCAAAGACAUGCUGAAUAUAUCUGGCCUUCAUCUUCCAGAAACAGCUGAAGUGCACUGUCGUACUAUUGUACCAUCAUGUUCAUUUAAAUAUACAAGUAAUACACCUGAUCUAACAAUGUAUCAAAGUAUUGAUACUUCUGACAUUGAAAAUAAUUCCUCUGCAUUAAAUGCAGAUAAUGUUGCAGGUAUAAAAGUAAAUAAUAGUCAAUCAAAAGAUGGAGUUAUUAUUCGCCGUCCUAUCAGAAGUGCUAAUGAUUUGGAUAGUAUGAAGUUAAAAAAUGCUGAAUCUCAGAUUCAUCGUCCAAAUCCACCUAGUCAUAGAUGGUUACUGGAUGAACGUUUAUUUAUUCAAUUGACUAGUUCAGAUGAGAAGGAGAAAAGAAAAUACUUUAAAACACGUGCUUCACAAUAUGGUCUACCUGGAGUAAAUCAGUACUCAACUAAACGUAAUUCAUCUAUACCACUACAGUAUAGUCAGAAAUAUUCUAAAAUAUUAAUUUCAAGUAAAUCCUCAAUAUCUCAUGAUUCUGAUACAAGUAGUUCUUCAGAACUAUCUUCAUCUUCAAGUGAUACAGGUGAUGAAACAGAAACAGCUUGUUCAAUGUCUCCACCAAUUCAUGUUAGAAAUAAUAGAAGAGAUUCACCGUUGUCAUCAGCAUUACCAUCUGGAAAAUCAGCUCGAUCUAAGGGAAUAGGGCCUUCGCCUGAUUUUAAAGUUAAUAAUCCUCCAGAGUUGAAGGUAUCAGUAAAUAAACUAUACAAUUCUAAGAAAGGAAGCUUAUAUUCAAGAAGUUCAGCACAUAGAAUCUCUCCGAAUAUUUUAAAAGGUGUACGUUGCAAAUCAUCAACGUGUUAUAAGAAUUUGAAUAGUCCAAGUUCUCUUUCGUCAUCAAAUACACCACCGCAUGUAAUACUUUCAAAUGCAACCAAUGAGAUAUUAGAUUGUCUUACACCAUCAGAUGUACGUAUUUUAAUUUCUAUGAUUGAUGAACUGGAAAGAGCAGGUGGCUUCCAUUGUGUCUUCCCUCCAAAGUCUCCUGGAUUGGCUGUUAGAUACUUAGCCUUUUUUGAAUCACCUAGAUAUGAAAACUUAUUAUGUAUAGCAUAUUUACAAAAAUAUGGCCAAGAUAAAGAAGAAGGUAUUCAAAUGUUACGUAAAAUUUGUGAAAAAAGAAUUCAUUUUAAAUCUUCUGUAUACGGUGACGAGAUUGCCUGGGAACACCACUGGCAAAGAUAUCGAAAGCGUAAAUCGAAUUAUUUGAAAGAAAUGAUUGUAAAGCAGACAGGAAUUAUACCAUCCAAACUAAAAGCAUAA